AUAUAAAAUAAUAAUUAAAGUAGAAUUACUUUCGAAUAAAAUAAGUGGAUAUAAAAUUAAUGAUAAUUAUGUCAUUGCUUUGUUUCAAGAGCAAGAAGUUUACGCCAAAAAGUGCGACUGCGCACUGGCCAAAUUAGUAGGUAGUGUGAAAGAAAAUGGCGAUCAGCGAAAGGCGUCCGGAGUUAACGUGAUGAAAAACAUUGUUAAAAGCUCAAUUACAUAGUGUUAUAGUUAUUAAUUGUGUCAGAUGUAGAUUAAUUAAGUGUUAAUGAAUAGUGAUUGUGUAUAAAAAUGGCUGCGAAUAUGUACAGAGUCGGCGACUGCGUCUAUUUCGAGACGUCGUCGACGUCUCCGUACCAAAUCCGGCGGAUAGAGGAACUAAAUAAGACGCCGUCCGGCAACGUGGAAGCAAAAGUCAUGUGCUUCUACAGGCGGCGGGACCUGCCCAACCCUCUCAUACAAUUAGCAGAUAAGCAUCAAAUGGCCCAGUCAGAAGACUCACCGGUAGCAAUGAAACUCAAGAAAAUUUGCCUUAAGACGCCGAUAGGCGAGGAACAGGCGGCACAAGCUGUUCUAGACCCUGCGAUAGACUUCGUGAAAGGCGGCGGUUCUCCAUUCGUAGCAAUGGAGGAGGAAUCUUCAGAGCUCCCGGGAGGCGGAGAAGGCCUGCCGCCGAAGCAGCGGCACCAGGCCAAGCACCGCGAGCUGUUCCUGUCGCGGCACGUGGAGACCCUGCCCGCCACGCACAUCCGGGGCAAGUGCACCGUCACACUCCUCAACGAGACAGAGUCGCUGCUCAGCUAUCUCAAUAAGGAUGACGCAUUUUUUUAUUGUUUAGUAUUUGAUCCUUCACAAAAGACUUUAUUAGCAGAUAAGGGUGAAAUCAGAGUUGGAAGUAGAUAUCAGACUGAAGUAACUAAUUUAUUAAAAGAAGGCGAGGAGGACACGCGCAAAAGCUCGGAGCUGGAGACGCUGGUGUGGACGCCGGCUCACGGGCUGUCGGACCGGCAGAUCGACCAGUUCCUGGUGGUGGCGCGGUCCGUGGGCACGUUCGCGCGCGCCCUCGACUGCUCCUCCAGCGUCAAGCAGCCCAGCCUUCACAUGUCGGCCGCCGCCGCCAGCAGGGACAUCACACUCUUCCACGCGAUGGACACGCUCCACAAGUCGGGCUACAGCAUAGAGGCGGCGCUGUCGUCGCUGGUGCCCGCGUCGGGGCCCGUGCUCUGCCGCGACGAGAUGGAGGAGUGGUCCGCCUCCGAGGCCAACCUCUUCGAGGAGUCGCUCGACAAGUACGGCAAGGACUUCGCCGACAUACGAAAGGACUUUUUGCCAUGGAAGACGCUAAAGAACCUAGUUGAGUACUACUACAUGUGGAAGACGACGGACCGCUACGUGCAGCAGAAGCGCGUCAAGGCGGUCGAGGCCGAGUCCAAGCUGAAGCAAGUGUACAUUCCCAACUACAAUAAACCGAACCCGGCUCUGAUAAACAGUACGCCCAACGCGGCGAACAAAGGUGCUGUGCUAAACGGCGGAACAAAUGGCACGGCAGCUGUUUCACCCAGUCUCUGCGCUUCGUGCCAAGUGACGAAUUCAAACCACUGGUAUUCAUGGGGUCCACAGCAUUUACAAUACAGAUUGUGUGGCUCAUGUUGGCAAUAUUGGAAAAAAUAUGGAGGACUAAAGACGGCAGACGUGUUCGGGGAGAGCGAAGCGGAGGUAGUGCGAAGUGCGCGCGCGGAGGGCGAAGAGACCGCGCUAUCGGUGUCGCACCGUCCGCAUCGCUGUACUGUUAUAAAUUGUGCUAAGGAAUUCAAACUGCGCGCGCACCUCGCGCGACACGUGGCGACGGCACACGGCGGGCCGGGCGAGGGCGCGCGGCCCGUGAUGAAAACGCGCGCCGCCUUUUACCUGCGCGCCUCGCCUUUCACGCGCCUGGCGCGGCGACUGGCUCGCGCGCUUCGGCGCCCACGCCACUUCGCGCGCUCCCCCUUCUCGCCCAUCAACCUGCACCAAGUGAAGCACGAAUGCACGAUAGCGAUGGCAGGGCUGGGCGGCGCGGAGAUGCGCGGCGCGGGCGCAGCGGGCGUGCCGCGCGCGCGGGGCCCCGUGGGCGCCGUGGCCACGCGCCUGGCGGCCACGCUGGGCACCGCGGCGCCGCGCGCGCAGGAGUGGCUCGUGCUCACGCCGCGCGAUCGCAUGCCCACGCCCAACCACGUCGCCUUCCCGAAGCCGCCCAAGGCGCCAGACGGCAGUCUGAUGUACGAGCGCGUGCUGUCGCGCGCAGAGCAGGAGGCGCGGCGCAACGAGGCGGCCGCGCAGGCCGCGCCGCCCGCGCCGCCCGCGCUCAAGCGCCGCGCCUACGACGACGUCAACGGGCUCGAUAGUCAGUAUCCCUCCUACCGGCGCGAGCCGCGCCCGCCGGCCGCGCCGCACCCCUACACCAUGGAGGCGUUGCUCGGCUGAGCGCGCCGCUGUAUAUUGCCGUGUACAGAGCCGAGGCCCCGCCCCGAACGCGAGAUUGUAUUUUUGGUAACCGAAUCGCCGACGACGGAUUCUGUAGAUAAUAUUUUAAACUAUAUUGUUCUUAUGUGGUUUGAUCUGGCGAUGAGCGAAUAAUGUAUUUGAUACAUAAAACGAUAUGUAAGUCUAUUUCAUUCGGAGAUUCAUUGUAGGAUAAUUUACAAUUUUUUUCAUAAAUAAAGCACAAAUUGGAAUACUGCGUA